GUCAAAACUGUCAAAUAAAAUUUGUAGUGAUGUAUCGCAUAAGCAAACCGAGUAUUUAUCGUACAUUUUCACAGAAUGAAUACUAAAAAAUGGCCGAGAAUAAACCUUACAAAUGCGUAAAUUGUGGAGAGGCAUCGGCGGCCUUAUACAAAACUUACGGCCCGUCCGUUUUGAAGCUGACCAAAUGUGAUAAAUGCAAUGGAAUUGUUGACAAAUAUAUUGAAUAUGAUCCGGUGAUUGUAAUGAUAGACCUAGUACUGGUAUCGAAGGAAGCCCAGAGACAUGUACUGUACAACACAGAGUUUAAGGCAUAUUGGAAGCUACUCAUAAUCCUGAUAAUGAUAGAAACAUACGGUCUAUGGCGGAGCGACAGCUUGUUCAAUAUUGUGGUUCACACUACCUGUGGUAUACAGACUAACAAUACCACAUUGAAUAUAACACACUUACCUUCAUCCCUUCAAUGGGGGGCUCCAGCAUGGUGGCGGCGCCGCUGCGGCGGCUGGCAGCCAGAGGAACGGGAUGAACGAGACCUGUUCAUAUGGGAGAAGCAUUUCUACAUACAGUUCAUUUCUACAUUCGCUGGUGUGACAGCGUUCAUACUUACGAUGCACCUCGCUAUGAAACUGCUGAAGCUUUUCAUUCCACAGAACGAAACCCGCUUCACAUCAUUACUAAAAGCGUUCUCGCUGGCCAACGUGAGCAUCCUGCUGACCCUCCCAAUGCUGGUGUGGGGUUCGGAUCCCGUCGCCGAGACUAGAGCUUUUCACUAUGGAUUGGUCUUCGUGUAUAGCUUUGCUGUGCACCUUAAUACUUUUAUUGUUCUCUACGGCUGUCCAAUGAUGGCCACAGUGCUAGUACUGACGGCGAGCAACUGCAUGAAAUACCUCACCACCUACCACACGACACCGUUCAUAAGGAACCUGUUACAGUAGUCGCAGAUACCAAUGAGAAUUGAGUAUAGACCUAGGCUUGAAAACCGGUUAAAUUACGAAACCGUUAUCAUGCACUUGGCGCAAAACCUUUUAACCUUUUGAACGCCACGCCUAUCGCACGCGGCGCGUAAUCGUGAACCUUGUCGGUACGCAUGAAGGUUGAUAUUGGGCUGAAGCCGAGCGCGUCAUAUGACGUCUUUGGCGGUCAAAAGGUUAAUAUCGGUUACGCUCGAAAAACCGAUUUUCAUGAGAACAGUUCUUGUCAAAUUAACCGAUUUAGAGCAAUAUAAACCGGUUUAUUCCUAUGUACCGACAUGUUUACGUAACACACCACCAGGCAGACAGGCUAGCACACGAUUGGCGCGAGAGUAUCUCGCGGCGAGAUAGACUACCCGUCCCUCUUUAAUUAUCAUAGUUAGAAAAAGACGGCUCUAAAUACUUUCGCGCCAAUCAUGUGCUAGGCCUACUGUCCGGUUUCGUCGCUCAUCGAAUAAACCGGUUUUUAUAGGUUACAAAUAAAAUUCUUAAAACGUUCGCGUUCUUAUAAAAGUUCGGACGAAAACCGAAAUAAACCGGUUUACCGGUAUUUUAUAUACCGGGUCUGAGCCUUAUAGACAAACAGAAUUGAUUGUUAUACACCGUGUUUUUAUUGAAUACCGUUAACUUCGGGGUAUCGGUAAGUACCUUGAAGGAAACUAAAUGGCAUAGUUAAUUUUCAAAAAAAAGAUUUUUUUAAAUAUAUUUUUUAAUAGUUAAUUUUUUAUAAAAAGUAAUUAAAUGUUGCAUAUAGCAUUGUUGUAACACGGGCAUUACAUUUAAAUCAACCAAACAAUUGAAAACUGUGACAUCUCAAUGUCAUUUCGAACAUCGAUCGUCCGAGAUAGUAUGUACGUUUAGUAGCAAAUGUAUUAACUCGUACUAAACACUAAUCAAUAUGUAAAUAGACCCUAAGGGAAGUGUAAACGCUCGUGAGGGCCUUAUAACAUAAAAAUUAACUAUUGAUUAUCUCCGAAAUGGAGUUUAUUAGAAUACCGGUGUCUUUGAGAAAGUUUCUUAAUUUAAGCUCAGGGAUGCACCCUUGAAAUUAACGGAAAUCAAAAAAAGCACGGUGUAGAGAGGUAGUCUAAGAAAAAAACGUGCCUUUUAGUUUGACAUCCAAAACAGAUGGCGCUGUACUGAGCCAUAUGUUUGACAGUCACUGAAUCGUCAAAAAUCGCAGCCAAAUAACACUAGACCCUACUCAUAGUGUUGUGUUCCUGCCGGUGAGUAAGGUUGCCAGAGCUCAACGAGGGGGGUGGGGUUAGGGUCGACAACGCGCGCAUGUAAUUCCUCUGGAGUUGCAGGUGUACAUAGGCUACGGAGACUGCUUACCAUCAGGCAGGCCGUAUGCUUGUUUGCCACCGACGUAGUAUAAAAAAAAAUCGUCAAACGUCAACUUUUGACAGUCAGGGUUACUGCAAAAUGUAGCUGUACAGCGCCAUCUCGUUUAUCUGUCAAAUUCGAAACACCAAAUUGUUACACCAAGAUAAGUUGGCAGCCAUUUUGACAGUCGAGACAGUGCAAGUGUUAUUUUAAACGUCAAACUUUUAUGAAAUUAUGACUCAGACACUUGCACAGACUGGACAAUCAAAACCGCUGCAAACUUAUCUUGGUCUGGCUCUGCGCAUCUUACUUAAUCAAUGUAUCUUUGGUGUAGAGGCUUUUCAAAGUGAAUUUUGAAGUCAACUAAAUUUAUAUAUUGAACUUACUGUGGGACUUAAUUUCUGUAAUAAUUACUAAGAAUUGGGAGAAUCAACUUUUUAGCGUCACUCGUUGCCAUGGUUACGAUUAGUUGUCCAGGGGACAAAAGUUCAUUGAAAUACUGAUUUUAUGGUACUUAAACGAAUUAAACUUGCGUUUUUGUGGUCGUUAUAACCAAUGUCCAUAAUGGGCCCCCUACUAAGCAUGUUAAUAGAACGGCAUACAACGUCUCUUCAAACAAACUGUGCCACUGUUGUCCCUUGAACAACGGGACAGGAUAAGAAAACAAAAAAGUUGAUUCACCCAAUUACAAAAAUAAACGAUAUUUUACUUGGUAUAAUUUUAACUAGGAUUUUUACAAUAUGUAUAUAAAAGUAAAAUAUAAAAACACUUACGACCGGUCGGAGUGACCCUGCCUAAGUGCCUAUGAAGCUGAUGGUCCCGGGUUCAAAUCCUGGU